UGUUCGCAGUGGCCGAGGGGAGCAGGGCAAAGAGUGGCAUACUCCCGGGAGGCAGUGCCCAGUCCCCUCCAUCAUGCCACCCAAGAAAGCCAAGAAGAGGGCAGAAGGAGCCAACUCCAACGUGUUCUCCAUGUUUGAACAGACGCAGAUCCAAGAGUUUAAGGAGGCCUUUACCAUCAUGGACCAGAACAGGGACGGCUUCAUCGACAAGAACGACCUGAGAGACACUUUUGCAGCCCUGGGGCGCGUGAACGUGAAAAACGAAGAAAUUGAUGAAAUGAUCAAGGAGGCUCCGGGACCGAUCAACUUCACCGUGUUCCUGACCAUGUUCGGGGAGAAACUUAAGGGAGCAGACCCGGAGGAGACCAUCCUCAACGCCUUCAAAGUCUUCGACCCUGAAGGCAAAGGGGUGCUAAAAGCCGACUAUGUCCGGGAGAUGCUUACUACACAGGCAGAGCGCUUCUCCAAGGAGGAGAUUGACCAGAUGUUCACGGCGUUCCCCCCGGACGUGACCGGCAACCUGGACUACAAGAACCUGGUGCACAUCAUCACCCACGGGGAGGAGAAGGACUAGGGGCCUCGCCGGCGUGGGAGGCUGGGGGCGGGCCUGGCCCUACGUGCCUGCCCUCUGGCCUAGGGGCCACGUGGCCUUGCCUACCAACCUGCCCUUGCCCUGAUCACGGGAACACGUCCCAGCGCCACGCUGGAAUAAACGGAAAUCGUGUGUGGUCAUGA